UUGGUUUUAAGAGUAGCAGGUUGCUAUAGAAAAUGCUGAUGUUAUUCCUACACGUCAAUGUGAUAUCGAUGAUAUGCCAUGCUAUCACCAUCGCCGUUUAUCUUUGCGUAAAGGAGCUCCGGAAUACGCUCGGAAAAUGCGUAGUCUGCUGCUUAUUAUGUCGGCUUACUAUUGAACUCUUGUUCAUGUUUUUUGAUACGAGGACGGCCUUCAAUUAUCUAAUUUAUUUCAUUUUUGAUUUUUUCUUGGCUGCUUUGUGGCUGUGGUUGUCGGUCAUGAGUUUUCACUUGUGGCAAGUCUUUGGAUCAGUAGCAUUCGAUGAACAUCGUCAUCAAUUCCUGGUCUACAACGUUUUUGUUUGGAUUACAGCUGCAAUCUUAGUGACAGUCAACACAAUAUAUAAUUUUUUUUUUAAUAGUACAGUGUGGACUCUCUUUAGUAUUUUUAAUUUCACCAUGUUUAUCCUGACUGUCCGAAACAUUUGGAAAGUAAGGAGAGAACUGAAGAAGUUUGCACAACGAAGGGAGAUUCCACCGACCUGUCUCCAUUUUGAUACCCAAACCUAUCAACAGCUUACAGGACUAAUCGCCGUAAUGGGCCUUAAUAACAGCGCAGCUAUUUUUCUUACAUAUGUUAACUUUUUUAAAAUGGAUUCAGAUAGCUCUAUGCUGGAGGAUAUAGGAAACUGGUUAUUUCACUGCUCUGGUAUAAUCGUUUUUAUUUUGCUUAUUUUAAAGCGAAGCACUCUGAAGCUUCUCAAGGACAGCGUUUUGCUCUUUCCACCUGUGGGCAAUUACCGCCGUUAUUUGAUCCAUCAAACAUGUGAGAAAUACCGCCAGCAAUACGAUUUGUUCACAUUCUCAGUGGGCCAAGGGCCGCAGCGCCGCACCGUCCUGUGCUUUCGCAAUCAGCUCCUUGAUCCCAACGGCUUUGAGGCGUGA